GCGCGCUGCCCAUAUCGGUCGAGGCCGGUGCAAAACCACGUUUGGCCAUUCGCCUAUAUGACUCCGAUCGGCGCCGUCGGCGACAGCAGCAGCCCCAACAUGGAGACGCGCAAGACGUAUCCGCUGCCCGACAACUUUUUCCAAAUUCCCGAGCUCUCGGAUAUGGAGAAGGCGCACUACCUCGAGGUCGGCACGACGGCGCUCAAGAGCUUUGUCAACAACGUGCUCGGGCCCGAGAACCCGACGCUCGUGUGGCGGCCAUUUGGCGAGUUUCAAGGGGUCAAGAUCGUCGAGGCCGACGUGCCUGGCUUCAAGGUCGACAAGAAUCUACUGCCGUACCGCAUGACGGCCAAGAUCCAAGGCACGAUCGACGAAGUCGCGAUGCUGCAUGCGUCCGACUCGCGCCAGCACUGCGCCGAGUACGUCGACCAGUACCGCGGCGACAUCCUCGACGUCAUUCCGCUCUACAGCCUCAUCGAGCGCUCGGACGCCAACCCGUACAAGCAGUGCUACAUCAAGUGGAGUGCCCACUUGAGCGCCGUCGUCGUCAUUCGCGACCGCGACUACCUCUUCGUCGAGAUGCAAGACCUGGUCGAUCUACCGUCCGGGCGCCGGGGCUGGGCCUUUUGCCGCGUCUCGAUCGAGCUCAUGAACGUGCCAAACCUCGAACGCACGUCGCUCAAGCUCGUGCGCGGCGUCCUGCACCAUUACGGUGCAAUUUUUAUGGAGGCCGCGGGCACGCCCGGGAAGCUCGACGUCAUUGCGCAGAUGGCCGUCGACUCGAAAGGCUCGAUCCCGCAGUGGGUGCGCAAGCUCGGCAUGAAGAACAACGUGCGCCAAAUCACCCUCGUCGAAGAUUACGUGCACAAGCUCCGCAUGAGCUCGCGCAUCUCGAAAGGGCAGUCGUUCCUCUCGACGUCGGGGUGCUCGGGGUCGGCGUCGACAACGACACCAGCUCCCGGUGCACACAAGCGCUGUGCGCUCUGCCACGCGCCGUCGUCCGCGCUCAAGCGCUACAAGCCAUGCGAAUCCUGUGGCGACCUGUGCUGUCCGCGCUGCAGCACCUCGUGGAACGUCAACGUCAAGGGCAAACCCCGCGUCCGCGUCUGCGCGGCGUGCGCGAACGACGCCCAGAGCCGCGAAAAGUGGGAGAUUCACGACGCGGACGAGACCGCCACCAACAGCUCGUCGCGCGAGACGCUCUUCCUCGAUGCGGUGACAAGCCAGCGGUCCUCCGCCUUCUCGUCCCAGCGGGCGAAUGGCCCGACGCUCUCGAGCCGUGGGAGCGCACAGGACGUCGCGUCGUCGAGCCGCAGCAGCCAAGAGCCCGAGCCGAGCUGCGAGCCGAUCCCAAAGCGCUGCGAGCCGAGCCAUGAGCCAUUGUCGAGCCGGGGCGGCGACGUGAACCUCGGCGUCGACUUGUCGUACUUGAGCAUCUACAAUAAAAAGCCGACGACCGAGCGGCGUCCGAGCUUGGCGGCCGCGAUGGACUCGGUCGUAUACGCGGGCGAGUACGAGUACGACGACAACGACGUGACGUGUUCGACGCUCGACUCGGUGCACGACCCGAUCCAAGAUUCAAAUCUGGAGGCAUUUCUGAACCAGAUCGGCCACGUGCAUGUCGCGGCGCAGCGAGAUUCGUUCGCAGACCGCCGGUCGUCCCUCGUGCGGUGAGCGGUUCGUAUCGUCGCCUGUCUCCGUCAUCGUCUCUCGCCUCAAUGUCGUCGUUCUCUGUCUUGGCACCACCAACGCCACCUCCCACACUACUCGCUAGUACUACUCCACUGCCUCACCAAGUGCAAUCUCAGAUAAGAACUUGCUUCAUAUUACGAGCGCUGGCAUGGACGGGGUUGGGAAGAUGUCGCGUGACGCGCCGCCUGUCAACGGUCGAGUCGAGCCUUUGGACGAGGAGUGCAUGCAAACUCACUAAGGCGGGAAUCCAGGACUGAUCAACCACCAUAGGAGUUCUCCUCCAACGCACGUCGUAUUGAACCGUGUGCAUCAUCACCCGAAGACGUGCGACGAGUCUGCCGGGGCAUGGCGAUGCUAAACCUGGGUACAAACGGCAGGCGGCCAUGGGUGCUGCCAUGUAAGACUAUCCAAAAGCUGCCAACGUGGACAAGGUGGCGCUAGAGGAAGUGGCGGGCGUUCGCUCUGCGAGCGGAUGAUGCAAAGCGUCGAAUGCAGUAUGCAGCAUCGUACACCGCAUCGCCAUCUUUAUGUCCCACCACCGAUGGGCUGUCGGUCCAAGAUCACGCUGCAAUGACACCUGCAGUCACGCCGAUGACGGUGGUCGCCUCUUGGCGCGACCAAACCUCGUUGCUAUCGCCGCCUCCACUCUUGGACGUGACGUGCUACGCAAGUCGAGUCGACGGUUGACCUCAUGUGGUGGCAGACAGGGACGGCGCGGUGCAGAGAUACGGG